CAUUAAUGUUAUUUUUUUGUAUUUUAAACGUUGUCGUUUGAUUUCUUUAGGGCCUUCAGUUUUUUUUUUUCUAUUUUCUUCUUCUCUUUCGUCGAUCAAAUCGCCUCCGAUCUCCACCGCUUCUCAAUUUCUGAAACUUCGCGUAAUCUCCACCGUCUCCGAUCAAGUUUCGAUCAAGUUCUGUUUCUGAAACCCACUCCCAACUCGAGAUCGGAUGGAUGAGUUUAUAGACAUGAAUGAAGAAGAUGCUCUCGCUGAGAUAAAUUUGGAAGCUACACAACUAGAAGAACAGCAAAGUGAAACUCAUUCUGGGGAAUCAGCUCAAGCUCAACGCAAGAGACGUAAAACAUCACGGGUUUGGGAAGAUUUUGUAUCAGUGGGGAUAGAAAAUGAUGGCAAAGAAAGGGCCAGAUGCUUGCAUUGUUGUAUGAAGUUGGUGACACGUAAUGAAAAGAAUGUGAGCUGUGGAACUCAUCAUCUACAACGCCACUUGGAAACUUGUCCAAAGAAGCCUCCAAAGGAAGAUAAGGCUGCAUAUGAUCACAAGAGAGAUCGUGAGAUGGUUAGUAUCCCUAUCACCACAGUAGCAUCUGAAUCAGCUUUCAGUAUUGGAGCUCGGGUGUUAACUCCAUACCGAAGUCGCUUGCUUCCCAAGAAUGUCCAGGCUUUACUCUGUACUCGUAACUGGUUGCGAGGAUUUGCAGAGUAUGAAGGUACAAUAGAAGAUGUUGAUGAUAUGUGCAACGAAGAUGCUAGGAAGACUACAAGUACUUCUGGAGUCGAGGGUUCAAGAUCAGAAGAUUCAAAUAACAAUUGUGUUCAGCCACUCUCAAACUGGUGGUAAAGCUAGGCUCACUGAGGGUUGCUUUUUCAGGAAAAAGUGAAAUCAUCAUCUUAUCUUUUCACAAAAUGUUGCUGUGAUAUUCAGUUUGGUUUUCUUUGCCUUGUUAGUUAUUGUUAUUUUCUUGUGACUGUUUUUUAUGUUUCUUAAAAGAUUCUGAAAACAUGAAACUACUAGUUGAGUUAUUAAUCCUAUGCCUUUAUUUUAGUUUAUAUAAACUUUUGAAUGGCUUGUGGAAAAGCACUGUGAAUCUGUGAUAUUGCUAGAAGAAACUUGCACACUUGUCUUAAAGAAGGUAAGCUGUUUAAAUUUUGAAUGCAGCAGACUCGACACUUUGCUUCUCCUUUUGGUGAGAUGAGAAUUUUGAAUUUUCGAUUGAGCUCUCAAUGUUAAGAGAGUAGUAGACUUGCUAAUUGCUAUGUAGAUAGUAAUUUUCAGUCAAACAAAUUUGCUCUAAAAAAUACAUAUCAAAAGUUAUUGAUAAAUAAUUUAUUUGUUUAACUAAAUUUAGUUAGAGUUCAUAAGGUUAAAAAAAAAAAAUAAUUAUCUUUGUAAAAUCGUUUUAAAAUCAUAAUUAAAACGAAAAAAUAAAUAAAAGAAUCUAAUUUAAAUGGGUCUAAAUGGGUUUAAAUGGGUACAUGUAAAUUUUGCGGGUUCUAAAUGGGUAUCCUUAAUAGGCCUAUUUUUAAAUGGGUCUAAACGGAUAUGGGUUCUAAAUGGAGUGGGUUCUAAAUGGGGUGGGUCUAAAUGGGGUGGGUUGUACCAUUUUAACAUCUCUAAACGUGGCGAACUGGGAAGAAGACAUGGUUAAUUGGACUGUGCGGCUAAGAGCUUAACUUAUCUAUCUUAUUUCUGUUUUAACGUCUAAACAGUUUUUUUUUUUCUUUGGAUAGAAUGCAAAAUUAUUUCAAACCCAAAAAAAUCAUUUUCCGGUAAAACCAGUAGCUUGUUAUAAUCAUCAUAUAUAAUUUCA